CGCCUCCUCCCGCUCCGGAUCCGCGCCCUCAGCCUCCCCGCCGCAGCGCGCAGCCCGCAGCCGCCCCGCCGGGGAGGCUCAUGCCAGCCCCGGCCCUAAGCGGCUUAGCAGCUGCAGCCCGGCAGCCUCCCGCUCCGCUCCGCAGCCGCCCCGACCCCCGAGCCGGGGGGGGCGGCAGGACGGGCCUCCCACCCCCCGUGGGGCAGCGGGCUCCGGUGGGUCCGCCCGCCCCGCGGCUGCCCGGCGCGGUUCUGCUUCCCGGUCACCAGCUCCCUGCGCACUGGGCUUUGUCGCACGGGCCGCCCUGGCUCCUCCUCUCACCCCUCCCCGCCGGGCCCGGGGAGCAGCCGCGGGGCCUCGCCGGGCUCCGCGCCCCCCGGCUCCGCCGCGGGGACAGCCCUGCCCGCCCCCGACGGAACGAGGCGGGACGGGACAGGCUGGGGGACCCAGCCGCCUGCUGGGCUCCCCCGGCCCCAAAAUGUGGGUACAGGAUGCUCCGAAUCUGGGCAUGUUUGAAAAAAUGCAGACUUGUCAAGUGCCAGAAGAGACCUGCUUUUCAUGGUGGACUCACAGAGACUAAAGAGGAAGCAGAGGUUCAUGUUUGGCCUUGCAACAAGACAGACUGCACCUGUGAGAGCUCUGAAGGGGAAGAGCUACUACCAGUCAUGCCUGGAUUCUUUGAAGUAAUUGUAGGUCUUCUGCAAUAAAAUAGUGAUAAAAUG